GAGGAAAAUGGAUUAUCCAUAGGAUCUUUAGGAUUAAAAUCGGAUUUAAGUUCAAGUUUAAGUAUAUCUGUUGUGACUGAAAUUGAUUUUCGUCUGAAGUUGGAAUUCAGACACUUUUUGGAUUCUGAAAUUGAGAUCCGAAGAUCAGUUAACUGA